AAGCGAGGGCCAGCAGAGCUUUGAAAGACAACCCUCACAAUCUGUAUCCACUCCUGGCUUCACUGACUGCUGCUCCUGUAAUAAACCACCCAGAAACUGAACACCUCAAUAAAUAAAAGGGAUCUCAUAAGAGGUGAGAUGAACCUUGAAGAGUAUUUUGCAAGAACUGGCUAUAAAGGCUCCACUGAAAAACAAGAUUUGGAAACCUUAACCGAUAUAUUCCAGCACCACAUCCGUGCUGUUCCCUUCGAAAACCUCAGCAUCCACUGUGGGGAGAAAAUUACUUUGGAGUUGGAGCACGUUUACAACAAGAUUGUGCGGAGGAAGCGGGGUGGCUGGUGCAUGGAAAACAACCAGCUACUGGGCUGGGUGCUGAAGAGGCUGGGGUAUGACACCAGCUUCCUGGGAGCGUACGUGUUCAACCCCCACCAGAACGCCUACGCCACCCUCAUGACCCACCUCGUAGUGAAGGUCGUCGUCGACGGCAAAGCCUACAUCGUUGAUGGAGGCUUCGGUGUGUCCUACCAGAUGUGGCAGCCCAUGGAGCUCGUGUCAGGGAAAGACCAGCCCCAGGCUCCCGGUGUUUUCCGCUUCACGGAAAAAAACGGCGUCUGGUACCUGGAGAAGAUGAGACGGAAACAAUACAUCCCCAAUCAGAGCUUCUCCAACUCGGAUCUGCUGGAGAAAAAAGAGUGUAGGAAAGUUUAUAUGUUCAGCCUUGAGCCACGGACAGUGGAAGAUUUCCGCUUCCAGUGCACAUACCUCCAGACCUCUCCAGAUUCCCUCUUCACAAAGAAGUCCAUCUGCACCCUCCAAACCACCGAUGGAUUCCGAGCGCUAAUUGGGUGGACGCUCACUGAGACCAGGUACAACUACAAGGAAAACAUGGAUCUGGUGGAAUUUGUAACUCUCGAAGAUGAAGAGGUGGAAAAAACCCUCAAAGAGAAAUUCAACAUCACCCUAGAGAGAAAACUUGUCCCCAUUAAUGUUAAAGGAUCUUACACAAUCUAGAUGGCCAAGAAAACCUGCAGCAAUGCUACGUGUGUACAGCACCUUCCACAGUCUGUGCAAUCCCUACUGCAAGGUUAUGGGAUUCUUUUGCAGGUGACUGAAGGAUAUGUACAUUAAUAUGAGAUUAAUGUGAAUUCCACUUUGGGAAAAAUCAGAAAUUUAAGACUAUUGAGUCAGUUAGGUAAAAUUGUUUGCUGGGAGAUGACUGCUGUUCAAUUUUUGGCACAAAUGUAGGAUUUGAUUUGAAUCUGGUUAUAAGCUUGGGUAAGAAAUAUGACUGGGGAAUUUUGGGCUGCCUGUAGCACAUGAGUAUGGAUUAUUAAUUGUGAUAUGCUGCCAACACAUUUUCUAAGGUUAUUAUAGGGAGACAAGUCAUCUGUGAGCAUUUAGACAAUGAAGUACACAUUUAAAAUUUCAUAUUUUACAAGAUCCAACCACUCACAGCUCAUCUCAUUCCUCUACCUUUAAUAUGAGUAAAACAUUGUCCUCUUGGAAAGGAGCAUUAGGAGACAUAAUUCUUUCACCAUCAUCCUUCGACAAACCAUAGUACAAAAUGAAAAUCAUCAUCAUGUGCAUCCCUCCGGCCAUCACUGCAGUAAACUGCCCCAAGUAAUUUUUGGUAUGUAGCUAUUCUUCUGGUGAUGAAAAUUCUAUAUAUUGCAGCGCUAUUGUGGCUGAUGGGCUCUAAGGAGAUAACUACUAAGCUUUGUUUCUGAGAUGUAAUCAUCCUAUAAACUGUGACUGGUACUUAAAUGUCACAGCUGGCUUAGAUUUACUUUCGUCCCAAAAGGGGUGGAAAUUCUGUACUUUUAGGACUUCAUUACAUUUUUAUAUGAAGCUAAGCCCACUAUAUCCUUAAUUUUGUCCUGCAAACAUGAGUGUCCAUAUGGCUGUCCUGAAUGUGUACCCCUUAGCACAGGAGCUUUAAUGCCAUUAGUGUUUGUUCAUCUGUAUCAAAGCAACCCAAGGAGCCAGCCAAAUCUAAAGGAAACGUUUUUUCACAAUCGUAUUUCCCCAUUUUUCAGAAAUGUUGUUCCUCCUACUACGCUUCUCUGCAAAAAAGCCCAACCCAGGAAACCACUAAGAAAAGGGAAACAUUCUUAAAUGCAUCAAAAAUUAGCAGAAACACUGAAAAACACUCUUUCUCCCACUCUGUAAUAAGUCUGAGUAUUGGUUGAUUCCUCCCACCGAACAGUCUUUUUGUUCAAAGACAUCAUCUGAUCGUUAAUCUCACAAAUGCUGUAAGUGUAUACCUGAAAAUAAAUAAAAGGAAAAUAAA